AUGCGUCAGUCAUUCGCUACCUUGAGCAUCAUCCUGGCCCUGGCCAGCCAAGUCAUCGCCAAGCCCGCCCCCUCUGGCGAUGGCGCCUGUGGACCUGCUGCCGGCGGAUCCAGCUGCCAGCUCUCCCUCUUUGGCAACUGCUGCUCUCGCUACGGCUACUGUGGAAGCACUGACGUCUACUGCGGAGCUGGGUGUCAAUCAGGAUAUGGCGUCUGCAACAGCAGCAACGCUCCCGCGGGAAUGAAGGUCAGCGAGGAUGCCACUUGCGGCUCCGGCGUCACCUGCGUCGGCUCCGGGUUUGGUGACUGCUGCAGCGCAAGCGGCUGGUGUGGUAGCACCGCCGACUACUGCGCGGCUGGCUGCCAGUCUGCCUUUGGCACCUGCACCAGCUCCUCGAGCUCGGUUGCCCCUGGCCCUGCGGCUUCCAGCUCGGCUACUUCUAGCCCCUCAGGCACCGCCUCUGCCACUGUCGCUGCCUCGUCGGCAGCUGCCACCAGCACCUCAACCACUACCAGGACCUAUGUCCAGCGCCACCUGGCCACGUCGGCCCCGGCGUACAACUACAAAUCUUUCACCUCGUACUACGAGCUUGACAACCCUGCCGCGGGCGCCGAUGGCAUGUACGACGAAGCCGUCGCCGGCUGCAAGGCCAAGUGUGACUCGACCCCGACUUGCAAGGUGUACUUCUUUCAGAAGAUGAACAGCAGCUUCAAGGGUGCCACCUCGGGUCGCUGCUUCAUCGACGACAAGGCUUGGCAGCCCACUGAGCUCCAAGAGAUCGGUACCAUGCAGUUCAGCAUUGGCUAUGAGCUCGUCUAG